AUGUCAGCCAAAAUAUUCUCCACAAUUUUCUUAUUGUGUUUUAUUGUUGGUCAGUUUGAAGAGGCUACUAAAAAAAUGUGUGAAUUAACAAAAAAAACUUUCCAGGGAUGAUGUCUGCAACAUCAAUGCUUCUUUCGCGAAAUCAAAUAGAUGAUCCAGAAUACAAUGAUAAUUCUAUAGAAGAGGAUAAAAAGAUAUGUUUCUGCUGUCGAGCUUUUGUUUGUCGACAUCGAAUUUGUCCGUGCUCCAGAUUUACUGCUCUAUAA